AUGUUAAACUUUCCUCACCCUAACCAGAAGCUACUUCCCGACCAGAUUCAAUGCGUAUCACCAGCGCAUCAGUCAUCGGACCCGAAAAUAACUGAUCGACUCAAAGGUUCUCUGUUGGGCCUAGCCGUUGGUGAUGCACUAGGCGCAAGUGUUGAAUUUCGUCCACGACAGUAUCUCGUCGAUCAUCCUAUAGCAAAUAUGCAAUCGGGAGGGACAUGGGGUCUUCAAGCUGGACAAUGGACAGAUGAUACAUCGAUGGCUUUGUGUCUCGCUUCAUCACUCAUUAGUCGAAAAGAGUUUGAUCCGUACGAUCAGUUAGUACGCUACAAGUGGUGGUACAAGCAUGGUUAUCUAUCUUCAACUGGACGCUGCUUUGAUAUUGGCAAUGCAACGCAUAAAUCAUUGGAUGAAUUUUGUCGUCGUCAGAAUGAGUGUCAACGACGUUGGGGGACAGUUAGUGAAGAACAAAUGGACAGCUUUUCAUAUGAAGAAAUGCGUCCAUCAGGUUUUGACGUCAAUUGUGGUGGAUCAAAUGCCAAUGGUAAUGGUGCGCUAAUGCGUCUUGCACCGGUACCACUCUUUUUCUAUCGAGAACCUGCAAAGGCAGUCGAAUUCUCAGGACAAAGUGCCCGUCUGACACAUGGCGAUCCAAGAGCAAUCGAUGCAUGUCGUUACUACGGAGCUCUCAUCGUUGCGGCAAUACACGGCGAGAGCAAGGAAAAGUUACUCGAUCCUAACUUUUAUUCAGCACAUCGAGCUUGGUUUGGAAGGAAUGAACUUCACAGAGAAGUACUUGCUGUAGCAAGCGGUUCAUUCAAGCAAAAAGAUGGAUAUUCAAUGGGAAUUCGAGGUAGUGGUCAAAGUGUUAAAUCACUCGAAGCAGCUUUGUGGGCAUUUUGGAGUGAUGAACAAUCUUUUGCAAAAGGAGUACUCAAAGCAGUGAACCUCGGUGAUGAUACGGAUACAACAGGAGCUAUCUAUGGACAACUAGCAGGUGCUUACUAUGGUUCUAAUCAAAUUCCACAAGAUUGGACGCAAAAGCUCUAUGCGAAAAAUUUAAUUUCCUGCAUCGCUGAAUGGCUACAAGUAUUAGGAAAUUCGCGCUCUCCAGCACAGCCAUCACAGCAACAACUAUCAGGGGAUUCGCGCUUUCCAGCACAGCCAUCACAGCAACAAGUGUCAGAAAAUUCGCGCUUUCCAGUACAGACAUCACAGCAACAAGUAGCAACCAGGAUGUCUCCACCAACUGGAACACAACACGAUCAAUACAACAAGACUCAUCAAAAUCUAUCAAGAGUCGUUUCAAAUCCAACUCAUUAUUUACCUGUUAUAAAUCCUCAUUUGACAAAAAAGAGCAUAGCACAGAAUAAUAUACCUACUAGAAAGCCUGGUCCUGCUACUAAUAAAACCACAAGUAACGCAAAAAACACCCAAAACCAGUCGUCUUGGAGUUGGUUUAGACAUGAACAAUAA